GCCCAGGAUUGAAGUCUAUGGUCGAGACUGGGGAUUCAUGGAGGCCCGGAAUUGUCCCAGUGGGAUGUGGAGGGCGGGGCGAUAGAGAUUCGAGUAUAAGGUCUGCAACGAAGUCGUUGGAAUUUCUGUUUGUCCUGUACAACUCUUCCUUGGCUCUAUUCGACUACCCGAGUCCUCCAGCUCAACGAUCAUUCUCUUCCAGCCUAUACCUACCAUUGCGGCUUCAUCAUGGAAGACAUCCAGAACAGUCGCAAAGGGUCUCGUGCCACAGCUACAGACGCAAUUGCCAACGAUCGAAAACGCAAGCCUGUCGAUGACCAUGUCGUCACAGGUGCUGGAGAGAUCACUACGCGCCAAUCCAUCUUGCCUGUCUCCCUGGUCACAAUCCUCUUCUUCAUGUGGGGGUUCGCAUAUGGUCUCCUCGAUGUGUUGAAUGCACACUUUCAAAGCGUCUUAAACAUCAGUCAGGGCAUGUCGGGUGGACUACAAGCUGCAUAUUUCGGAGCAUACUUCAUUGGUCCUCUCACAUAUUCUGGUUGGAUUGUCCGUCGCUUUGGCUACAGAUGGGCUUUCAUAUUUGGACUUUGUGUGUAUGGCAUUGGAGCAUUGAUGUUCCGGCCUUCUGGUGUUAAGAGAUCGUUUGGUGGGUUUUGUGGCAGCAUGUUCAUCGUCGGCAGCGGUCUGUCAACACUCGAAACAGCUGCAAAUCCGUUCAUCGCAACCUGCGGUCCUCCUCGAUACUCGGAGCUUCGUCUCACCCUCGCUCAAUCCUUCCAAGCUAUUGGCACAGUCGUAGCACCAGUCCUUGCCUCGCAGGUCAUCUUCAAAAACGUCGACGACACAUCCCUUGCAUCUGUUCAGUGGGUCUACCUAGGGAUUGCGAUCUUCGUCUUCCUCUUGGCAAUUGUUUUCUUUCUCGUACCACUACCUGAGGUCACCGAUGCCGACAUGGCCAAUCAAGCCGAACAAGCAGCUGCCGAUACAGACUUCCAAGACAAGCCGCUCAGCAAGCAAUACACCCUCUUCUAUGGUGUCUUUGCUCAAUUCUGUUACGUGGGUGCACAAGUUGCGUACGCAGGAUAUUUCAUCAAUUAUGUCACUUGGAUCAGACCGGGCACUUCACACGCUACAGGAUCGAAUCUCCUUGCUGUUGCUCAAGGCUGUUUCGCCAUUGGUCGAUUCAUCGCAAGUGGUCUUCUCAAAUUCAUCAAGCCUCGAUACGUACUCAUGUUCUUCCUAUCCGGAGUCGUCAUUUUUGCUUGUCUCGUCAUGGGACUCACAGGAAAUGCAGGCAUCGCAGCUAUCUCACUUGUGCUCUUCUUCGAAUCUUGCGUGUUCCCAUUGAUCUUCACUUUAUCACUCCGUGGUCUUGGAAGACACAGCAAGCGUGGAGCCAGUUUUGUCGUAGCAGCUGUUAGUGGAGGUGCAUUGUUCCCGCCUGUGCUAGGUGCUGUUGCUGAUGCUCUUGGUGGGAAUACCCAACAUGCUUUCUUUAUUCCAUUAAUUGGUUUUGUCAUCGCUUGGACAUUCCCUGUAUACUUGAACGUGUUCAAGGCUAAAAGUUUGGAUGGAUGGACCGAGAAAGUCAAGGUUGGAAUUGACCCGAAGAGAGAUGUGGAGACUGGCUCGGAGAUUGGCGAAAAAGAGACUAUUUCUCAAGUUGAGAAGUUGUGAGGGGUAGUUUGUUGUUCCUGAUGCUACGUGUGUCGUUCUUUUUGUUACAUAGAAUCAUGUCACUUCGAAUUAUCCAAGCGACUUUUUUGCAUUCUUCCUUUUACCUCUUACCACAUUUUCCGCCCCGUCGCGUG